UUUUUCAUAAAAGUAUAAAAAUAGUGUGGUUGCAGAUUCUAUUGAGAAAUAAAUUCAUUAUUUCAACUUUAUUUGCUCUGCACAAUAACCUCCAUGUACUUAUUUUAAGUUACAAGAAAAAAGGUAUCCUUGAAGAGCAAGGAUUAAUUUUACCGCCAUGGAGACGAAUGUAAAUCCUUUAGCCGUAAUCCUUGUUUACUUCGAUAGCAAGGGAGAUCGACUCUUAUAUAGGUAUCCCUACCAGACACUUGGCCAGACGGAGGUGACCAGCGACGAUCAGCGAAAGUCUAGGAAGCGUAAUCCCUAUGCCGUGGCCAAUGUGGACGAUCUACUACAGACACCUUCACAAUUGGGCGCUUCCAAAGGCCAAGGACAAUUGCAGGGAUUCGCAGACGAGGUGCUGUCCGCCCUUUUUGCCGUAAAACCACAGUUAUGCAACCAGAAGUUUGAGCUCAAGCUAAACGAUGUGCGCUUCGUAAGCCAUCCCACGCUGAUACCCCACAAGGAGCAGAGAAGCGGAGCAAUGGCCAAGCAACAGAUGCUCAUCAAUAUCGUUUUCGCGCUUCAUGCUCAGGCCAGCUACUCAAUAGUUAAGUGCUACCACGAAUUGAGCAAACGCCUGGGACUGGCUCUGAAAUUUGAGGAGCAACGCAGCGGUUAUCUAACUGAGCAGACGGCUCACAUGGCUCGCACCCAUGACGAGCAGCAGCAACAACCGCUGGAACGCACUCUAGAGCUAAUCGCAGAACGAUGUAGUUUGGCGCAGGCUUUACGUUCAAUUUUUCACGAUCUGUGCACCACCGGACUGCUGAGUACAUCACUAAAUCAAAACCUAACGCUGUGCUUUUGUUUGCCGGCUAAGGCACACCAGCUACACAAGAAGGGAAGCAUGGUGGAUCCGGAGACCAUUGAUCGCUGCCUUCGUGCACUGAAGCCUUAUCAUGGCAUGUUGCUGCUGGUUGACUUUGCUGAAUUGCUGGACUGUGUUCCACCGACGGGGGCACGAAUGUUAUGGCAACUUGUCGACGCUUACAAUCCACUUAUUAGCCUUCAAAGCAUGGCCUCCAAUGCGGACUUAAGUAUUGAGCAUGUGUAUAAGCUGGUCUCGCAUUUGGUCUAUUGGGCUAAGGCCACAAUUAUAUAUCCUCUGUGCGAAACGAACGUCUAUGUGAUCGCCCCAGAUGCGCCGUUACACACGAAAUCCCAUUUGGUGGAGAAGUUCUCCGCUCGCUUUGCGGGCAUGUCCCUGUUUGAGGUGAUCUCGGACUUUUCGCUGCCAACAUCGAUUGGUCAUUUGACCACGCCCCUGCAGCAGCCGGCGCGUCAAGGUAUCCUCGCACAAAUGGUCAUCUGGAUGCUGCAACACCAUCUGCUUAUGCAGCUCCACACUUACGUUCAGUUUAUGCCCAGUGAGGAUGAGUUUGGUGACUCGGCCUCCUGCAGUAAUCAUCUAAGGGAUGCUGUCAGCGAUGAAGAAGGAGAGCAAGAUGAGGAUGCGGAUGAGUUGCAUGGAUCAAUGUUGAGCAUGUCCAGUCAACCGUUGCCUGUCCCAACGGUCUCAGUCGGUGGACAUCGUCGCGACGUAUCCGAAGAUCACUCAUCUCUGGCCUCUGACAAUAUUGUCGUGCAGCCCUCCUCUAGCCACAAGUCCAAUUUCAGCAUCACUGCCUCUAUGAGCACGGACAACUGUGACAGCCUCGAUUCCAUGGAGGACGAGCAGAAGCUGAAGGAGCUCCUUCAGGUGUUCAGCGAUGCGGAUCGAGCCGCUAUUCGGCGUAUUCCCGCAUCCGCUAAUGUUGACGAUCUAUCGCUGCUAGUGAAGCUUUACCAGAUGGGCUACUUCAAAAGCGAGCAUCACCUCGAGGAGAUCAUGUACUUUGAGAACCUUCGCCGUUCGCAACUUCUGCAAUUGCUGGACAAGUUUAGGGACGUGCUUAUCAUUUACGAGACCGAGGAUCCGGCAAUUGCCUCAAUGUACAAUACCAAGUAGAUUGGGAAAAAUUUUGCAUUCCUACAAGUUUAUGUUCAAUGUUUUUAUUAGCUAAUGAUUGUAAUCUAUAAAAUAGGUGUGUACAUAGUUAAUUAAGUCUUGAAAACCAAGAAAAAUAAUUUUUGUUUGUGGUUUAUACAAAAAUAUAAAAGAUUGUUAUUUA